GACUGGGGCGGCAGUUCACCAGCAGUAUGGAGGGACCCCAGUGUGCCACCCAUGGCCCCUUGCUGCUGCUGCUGCUGCUGCUGCUGCUAGGUCCAGUUUGGCAUGCAGCAGCCUACCACUGUCCACAGACCUGCAUCUGUGACAACGCCAGGCGGCACGUGGCCUGCAGGCACCAGAACCUCACUGAGGUGCCAAAUGCCAUCCCUGAGCUGACCCAGAGGCUGGACCUCCAGGGGAACAUGCUGAAGGUGAUCCCUCCAGCUGCCUUCCAGGACCUGCCUUACCUCACACACCUGGACCUGCGGCACUGUCAGGUGGAGAUGGUGGCCGAGGGCGCCUUCCGCGGCCUGGGUCGCCUGCUCCUCCUCAAUUUGGCCUCCAACCACCUGAGCACCCUGCCCCAGGAGGCGUUGGACGGGCUGGGCUCGCUGAGACGGCUGGAGCUGGAGGGGAACAUGCUGGAGGAGCUGCGGCCCGGGUCCUUUGGGGCACUGGGCGCGCUGGCCACGCUUAACCUGGCCCACAACGCCUUAGUUUACCUGCCCGCCAUGGCCUUCCAGGGGCUGCUGCGCACGCGCUGGCUGCAGCUGUCCCACAACGCGCUCAGCGUGCUGGCCCCGGAGGCCCUGGCCGGCCUGCCCGCCCUGCGCCGGCUCAGCCUACACCACAAUGAGCUCCAGGCCCUGCCCGGGGCAGCCUUGUCCCAGGCUCGCGGCCUGGCCCGUCUGGAGCUGGGUCACAACCCACUCACCUACACAGGUGAGGAGGACGGACUGGCGCUGCCAGGCUUGAGAGAGCUGAUGCUGGACCACGGGGCCCUGCAGGCUCUGGGUCCCCGAGCCUUCGCCCACUGUCCGCGACUGCACACCCUGGACCUUCGAGGGAACCAGCUGGACACGCUGCCCCCGCUGCAGGGCCCGGGCCAGCUGCGCCAGCUGUGGCUGCAGGGCAACCCGCUGUGGUGCGGCUGCCAGGCGCGGCCUCUGCUCGAGUGGCUGGCGCGGGCGCGCGUGCGCUCGGACGGCGCGUGCCGGGGGCCGCGGCGGCUGCGAGGCGAGGCCCUGGACGCGCUGCGGCCCUCGGACCUGCGCUGCCCCGGGGACGCGGCGGAGGAAGAGGAAGAGGAGCGGACGGUGGCUGUCCCCCGCCCCACUCCGCGCGCCCCGCGGGAGGAGGACGGGGCGGCCACGCCCUGCCCUCGAGCCUGCGUGUGCGUCUCCGAGUCCCGGCACAGUUCCUGUGAGGGUCGCGGCCUGCAGGCGGUGCCCCGCGGCUUCCCCAACGACACCCAGCUCCUGGACCUGAGGCGGAACCACUUCCCUUCAGUGCCUCGAGCGGCCUUCCCCGGCCUGGGCCACCUGGUGUCGCUACACCUUCAGCACUGCGGCAUUGCAGAGCUGGAGGCGGGCGCCUUGGCGGGGCUGGGCCGCCUCGUCUACCUCUACCUGUCUGACAACCAGCUGUCAGGCCUCAGCGCUGCCGCCCUUGAAGGGGCGCCUCACCUUGGCUACCUGUACCUGGAGCGCAACCGCUUCCAGCAGGUGCCAGGGGCCGCCCUACGCGCCCUACCCAGUCUCUUCUCCCUUCACCUGCAGGACAAUGCUGUGGACCACCUGGCACCUGGUGACUUGGUGGGGGCGCGGGCCUUGCGCCGGCUCUAUCUGAGUGGAAACCGCAUCACCAAGGUGUCACCUGGGGCUCUGGGCCCAGCUCGGGAGCUGGAGAUACUGCACCUUGACAGGAACCAGCUUAGAGAGGUGCCCACUGGAGCUUUGGAAGGGCUGCCUGCCCUCCUGGAGCUUCAGCUUUCAGGGAACCCACUCAGGGCCCUGCAGGAUGGGGCCUUCCAGCCUAUAAGCCCAUCGCUGCAGCACCUCUUCCUGAACAGCAGUGGCCUGGAGCAGAUAUCUCCCAGGGCCUUCUCAGGCAUGGGGCCAGGGCUCCAGACCCUGCACCUGCAGAAGAACCAACUUCGGGCCCUGCCCGCCCUACCCAGUCUCAGCCAACUUGAGCUCAUUGACCUCAGCGGAAAUCCCUUCCACUGUGACUGCCAGCUGCUCCCAUUGCACAGGUGGCUCACUGGGCUGAACCUGCGGGUGGGGGCUACAUGUGCCACCCCUCCCAGUGUGCGUGGUCAGAGGGUGAAAGCUGCAGCUGCUAUCUUUGAAGAUUGCCCAGGCUGGAUGGCCAGGAAAGCCAAGCAGACACCAGCCUUCAGGCCGAGUGCCAGGAGAAUCCCUAUCAAGAGAAGACAGCGAGGAGCAGACAAGGUGGGGAAGGAGAGAGGCCACCUCUGAGCAUGGAGCAGGUUGGUCCUGCCUCAACCCAGCCUAGCACCUCUUACUCUCAUCAGGAACAGGCUGCAACAAGACCUUCCGCGUGGCCUGCAGGUCAUCCUCCAGUAGGGGCUUCUUGGACCCCUGUCUGAGGGGCCGGGUCUUGGUUGGUGGGAUUCUUUUCCCUUUGAAUAAAAAACGAAUCAAACUCAGCA